GAAGGGCUGGUACAGAUGGCACAGAUGCCGGUAGUCCCGGAGAGUGAGUGGGGCAGCCAUAUGGACCGCCGCCGACCCUUUGUCCCCUCUUCGGUUCUGACUUCGGCUUAAUACAUUGACACGUUAUGAGACGUUGCAUUCACCCAGCUGUUGAUGAAAUAGUUUACAGUGAAGUUUAAGGUGUCUCGAAUGCAUUAUGGUGCUGGAUAUUUUGACACUCACGGACUUUCCGUGCAAAUGAGGAUUAUACCGAGGGGGACAGUCGUGCUUGUCAGACCUGGAAUAAUUGAGACUCAAUUUUGCGCACGCACGCUCCGAUAACACAAACUUAUUUACCACAAUUGCAUUUUUUUUAUCGCCUAGAUUAUGCGUAAAUUGGUGGCAUUUUAUACUUUCCCUGCAAAGAUUUUGUGUAUUUUCUAAGGGGUUAGAAUGACAUUUUGCUAAAUCCGCGUGGAUCGUAUUUUUAUUUUUAAAUUUCACGGUUCUUUUUGCUCCAAACUACCACUCGAUCUCUGUCCAACGACUCUUGGUUCGGUUGGUUCGGCUCGCCCGCGAGGGAGAUGGCCGCUAUCGCCAGCUCCUUGAUCCGUCAGAAACGCCAGGCGAGGGAGUCAAACAGCGACCGAGUCUCCACUACAAAACGCCGUCCGAGCCCCAGCAAAGAUCCUCGUUCCAUAUGCGAGCGGCAUUUCUUGGGGGUCUUCAGCAAAGUCCGUUUCUGCAGCGGAAAGAAAAGACCAGCCGCUCGGCGGCGACCAGAGCCGCAGCUGAAGGGCAUCGUGACACGACUGUUCAGCCAGCAGGGCUUCUACCUGCAGAUGCAGCCGGACGGCUCUAUCGAUGGCAGCAAGGACGAGAACAGCGACUACACCCUGUUUAAUCUUAUUCCUGUGGGUCUGAGGGUGGUGGCCAUCCAAGGGGUGAAGGCCGGCCUCUACAUCGGCAUGAACGGAGAGGGUUUCCUCUACAGCUCAGAAAUGUUCACGCCGGAGUGCAAGUUUAAGGAGUCGGUGUUUGAGAAUUACUACGUGAUCUACUCGUCCACUGUGUACCGGCAGCAGGAGUCCGGUCGGGCCUGGUUCCUGGGCCUCACCAAGGAAGGCCAGGUCAUGAAGGGGAACAGGGUCAAGAAGACCAAGCCCUCAUCACACUUUGUCCCCAGGCCCAUUGAAGUGUGUAUGUACAGGGAGCCGUCGCUGCAUGAGAUCGAGGAGAAACAGCGCUCCAGGAAGAACUCAGGGACUCCCACCAUGAACGGAGGGAAAGCUGUCAACCAGAAUUCCUAGCAGCGGGGCCCCAAGGGUGGGGGGCCACUAGGGUGCCCGGUCCCCCCUCUCUUAAACAGAGGGGGGAGGGGCCACAAACUCCCCUCACCACCAUGCCCUCUGAAGGGAUGGACCACCACGAGGGGAAGGAGCUACACCCAAGACCACAAAAAAACUCUUGCCUGUGAAAAUCUUUUAGACAAAUAUCAAGAUAAACCCAGAGGAAAACAAAAAAACGACUACAAACAUUUUCAAUCAGGACUUGACCUACGGUUUAUGCAAAAAAAGAAAAAAAAGCUGUGACAAGACAAAGAAAUGGUGGUCUCUUCACAAUACAAAUAUCUAUCGUUUCCAAUUUAUGCUGUGAAAAAUUUGCUUUAAACACGUUUGAUUUCCCAUGCGUUGAUUUUAUGAAUGCUAUGACACGCUCACAAGUUUAUUGUCCAUUAAUACUAAUAUUAUGUAUGUGUUGACUAACUCAUCAUCCCAAUUUUAGUAUCAUUGUUAUUCUGUUUUUCAUUUGAGACUGUAGAAGUUUGAAAAAUAGUUUGUUUUUAUAUUGCGUGACAGUGAAUGCCCCUCUUUCACUGGUGUGAGGGUAAACAUGUAAUGUAUAUGAGAGCUGUUGGGCUCGGAAGGAACAGGUAUGGGGUGGGAAGGGUUUUGCUCAGGUGAUUGUCCUUUCAGUGAGGAAUACGUUGGGUGGAUCUCAAUACUCUAAUUUGGAGGUUCCUCACACUCUUCGGUAUUACAGGACUCGACAACUAAAAGCAAUACGGAGGGGCUACUACACCAAGCCUCACAGCAGGCAUCUACCAUGUUAUGGUGCUUUCGAGUGCUGUCGGAAAUGUGGAAAUACAAGUUCCCGACUCGGAAAUAACCACUUGAACAAUUUUCAAAGUCGGAAACACAAGUGGGAAACAUGGUCCAGAGUUGUGACGUUUCAUCGCUGGCCCUUCACCUUUUCAACCACUAGACGGUAGAAGAAAACCAUUUACAACCUUAACCAUGUGAUUAACGUAGCUUAGUGGAUCCGUACAGUAUAUAGUUAGACACAUUGUCAACGUAAGCAACAUUAGCUAGAUUAGCCAUCUAGCUAGAAUCUCAUUGGUUGAAGAGUUAUUCCAAACUUCAUUAGCACACGAGCGCACUCAUGCCAUAAUUUACAACUUCACCAAUUGGGAAAUAGCGAGAUUCCGAGGACCACUCGAACGCACCAUUACUCUCAACAAUCCCGUCCUGUCAACUCAAUGGUCAGGAGGGAAAAGAAGCAAGAAAGGAAAAGCCUUGAAAUAGCAUCAAUACUCUGGCAACGUGUUUGGAGGCAGGAGGAAAAAAGGUAGAUAGAACGUCAGGUUUGUUUUUGUUGGGUGAACCAGCACUACUAACGGGAUUUGUCUCUAAUAAGAACUAGCUUGGCCAAUCCUAUGGGAGAAAAUGUAAUAUUCUCUCCAGAAAACAGGGAAACUUGGCUAGCAUCCGCCAAUCAAGGAUUCUUUCAUGAAUACUUGAAACUGGUGUAUUUCACCUCAGCAUGCGCUUUGACAAAGACUUUGUUCAAAGUGAUUAGAGAAUGCUUUUAGUCGGUACAAAGAAAUCAUGGACAUGUCCUUAGGAAGGCACGUUGUGGCUUGUUUAAGGGCAAGACAUAGACACAGUACUGUAUGCAUCAGAGAAGGUUGGAUUGCUGGCAGGUCUUGCAGAUCAGACAAGUAUUUGUCCCAAUACUCUUAAGAAGCUUCCUCUCCUUGUGUCUUGUUGAUGGGUUGUGGCGUAUUCAUUUCAUAGAAGUAGUCUCUUUAUAUCUUUAUAUAUACAAGGUAAAGGAAAAAAAAUCAAGGAAGUCUUUUAAGAGGAUUUUGGACAAAGCCCCUGGGAAACCCGCUUUCAUUGUUAAUAUUUCACCUACGAUACUGUACUCAAUAACAGCCUACCACAACGGGAUGGAGCCCAGCCAUCCAAAACCCAGGAAAACAAAACAUUUGGACGCCCGAAGGUGCGUUUGCCCUGAGAGUCUGUAAAUAUUUCACUGUUUUGUACUUCCAGGCUGGCAUCCUAAUGGCUUCCAUCGCAGUAGGGGCUGGCUUCCCAAUGGCUUCCAUCGCAGUAGGGGUUGGCAUCCCAAUGGCUUCCAUUGCAGUAGGUUUGGUGAGCCAUUAAAUGAGCCAUUUUCUGCAUUGUGGAAACGAGACCCUGUCAUUUCAUAAAUCAAAUGUAGGAGAACGGCUGUAUAUACAAAGGAGAUAUAUGAAGGUCAAACCAGUUGUUAAGGCAGGGAAGAACCCCCCCCCCCCAUCACCAAUAUAGACAAAUCACCCGUGGAGGAGCAAUCCACUGAUCCUAUCGUUCGUCUAACUCAGGAAGUCCCACUCCAGUCCAAUGAACGGAGUCCGACAACAAGGCGGGCCACCCUUGCCAAGCGCCCAAUGCACAAAACCUGGCCAAAGGUGUGGUCUUGGGGCGGUUGGGUCGGGGGUGUU